GUAGUGUAAUAUCCAUUUUUGGGAAAAUACACGAAUUUGACUUUUUUUUUUUAAAGAAAAACAAAAGGCCACACUAAUUUUCAUUGAACGGGUGGGUUAGUCGACACUGCUUUAGGAAUAUAAAUAGCCUCUUAACAUUACCACAAUGGAUCCUCUUACUGCUGACGCAAGAGCCGAUUUGGAGUCAAUUCACUCUCUUGAUCUCCUUCGCACAGCCUCUCCUGGAAGCAAUGCACCUUCGAUAAACGAACCUUUACGCUAUGCAAAUUCUGAGCCCAUCUCCCCAUCGCUGAGUCAAGAUGAUCCUCAUCGACGAACCUCAUCGAACCCAACUCCUCCUCAAUUACCUGCGCGCUCGCGCUCUUUAAUAUCAGAACCAGCUACUCGUAAACGAUUGUUGUCUUCAAAUGAUACUAACAGUGCAAGUGCGCUCUUGGGUCAUUCUCUAACCAGCAACGCCCUGUUUUAUGAUAUUCCUGUUAGCGAUGCUUUUUCUGAACUCCUAGAACGACAUAUUCCUCCAGAAGAACGCCCCCAAAGAGAUAAUGCUGUUGGCGUUGAUGUAGAAAAACCAAAAGGGCCUGAUGUUCUUGUAGGGUUAGUGAUGAAUAAUAUGUGGAGAUCCGUUGCACGAUACGCUCGCCAAAGACUUGUUCAAAUAGAUCCUUUAGACCUCGACACAAUCCUUCACUUGUGGUAUAUUCGACUCUUGGCUUUGACAAAAUUAGGACUUCAUCAACUUGCAUCGGCUGAAUUCGAGAAACUAGGAGAUCUGAACCGGCCAGAAUUCACAGCCGAAUAUCAUUCUCAGCUUUAUCCUGGUCGUACUGGUACACUGAUACCAUUUGAACUCUGGGUCUUGUGGGCAUGUUUACCUGCAUGGUUAAAAUACCCAUUGAUGUCACUUGAACGUAUUACUAUGCUAGCGGUUUUCUGCAAGAAAAUGCAAUUCAAAGAUAAAGAAAAGGCUACCAUGUGGAAAAAGAGAGAGAUGCAGGUCUAUCUUGUAUUAUCUACUCAAUUGAUGGAAAUGAAUGAUUUCUCAACCGCAGCAUCUACCAUGGAAAUGGUAUUGAAUAACUUUGCCACAUCUGAGGAUGGAAAGCAGAAUAUCGAUAUUCUUUCUGGAUUAGGUAGACUUUACUUGCAGCUUGGAGAUUAUUUUUCAGCCGAAAAACUUUAUAAGCGUAUCGAGGACCAAGAAAGUCAAGAUAAUGAUCCAUCAGUUAAAGAAGCUAUCCUGACCAACAAGGCAUUUCUGUUUAUGGCUGAUGGUGAAUGGAGCCAAGCUAAACGUUUACUUCAACAAGUAUAUGAUGCUAAUGCUGACAAUCUACUGGUUGUUAAUAACUUGGCUGUAUGCGAAGUCUAUCUUGGUCAAUUAAGUAAUGCGAUCGAUCUUUUGGAGAGGCUCACAAAGGAUAAUCCAACAUCUGCAGGAACUUGUGAGACUGUUCUGAUGAACUUGUGUACGCUGUAUGAGCUGCGUUACGAUUCAGCUGUAGAAAUGAAGAUCGGUGUACUCAAACAAGUAGCCCGUUGGGUGGGAGAUUCUUUCCACGCCGAAUGUAUUAAGCUUCAAUAAUUAGGCUAUAUAUAUAAGCUAUACUUUCUUCUUACUAUCUCCAAAAGUACAUCCACGCUCAAUACCACAUGCUUCUUCUAGUCUCUUUUUAAGGUGGUUCCAGAAGCUUUCGAAUAAAUUUCUGUCUUCACCUGCCAUCC